UUGAUCUAUUAAUGGGAGAGUGGAAAGGAGAGAAGGAAGAGAGAAACUGUUUUAUUAAAUAAACAGCUUGGGUGAAAUCCAGUACAAAUCUUUUUUAUUUACUUCCCUACUUGAAUAUAAGCUCCAAGAGGAGAGUCAUUUCAGAAAAAAUGAGGAUACUUCAUAGUUUUAUAUUUAUGGCCUACUGUCAUUUGUUGAAAGCAUUUACUAUCACAGUUACCAAGGACCUGUAUGUGGUAGAGUAUGGCAGCAAUGUGACAAUGGAAUGCGAAUUCCCAGUAGCAACAGAGUUAAACCUGUUUGCAUUAUUUGUCUACUGGGAAGUGGGGGAAAAGAAAGUUGUUCAGUUUGUCAAUGGGGAGGAAGACUUGACGGUUCAACACAGUAGCUACAGCCAGAGGGCCCAUCUGUUGCAAGACCAGCUCUUUUUGGGAAAGGCUGCACUUCAGAUCACAGAUGUGAAAUUGCAGGAUGCUGGGGUUUACUACUGCUUGAUCAGCUAUGGUGGUGCCGACUACAAGCGGAUUACUUUGAAAGUCCAUGCCCCAUACCGUAAAAUCAACCAAAGGAUUUCUAAGGAUCCAGACACCUCUGAAUACAAACUAACAUGUCAGGCUGAGGGUUACCCCGAGGCUGAAGUCACCUGGACAAGCAGUGACCACCGAGUCCUGAAUGGCAAAACCACCAUCACCAGUUCUGAGAGGGAUGAGAAACUUCUCAAUGUGACCAGCACCCUUAGAGUCAACACAACAGCUAAUGAGAUUUUCUACUGCACUUUUCAGAGAUCAGGUCUUGAGGAAAACAGUACAGCUGAGUUGAUCAUCCCAGAACUACCUCCAGUUCCAGGAAAUGGGAGGACACGCUUGGGAAUUGUGGGAGCCUUCCCAUUGUUACCUGUAGCCCUGGCCUUUGUUAUCUUCUACCUACGAAGAGACGUGAAACUUAUGGAUGUGGAAAAAUGUGGCACUCGAGACACGAACUCAAAGAAACAAAAUGCUAUACAGUUUGAGGAGACGUAAUCCCGCACUGGAACUUCUGACCUUAAAGCAGGGCUUCUCGACCUGUGGUCCGAGUGUGUCGGGGCUGAGCAUGACCAGAGGUGCCAAGGGACCAGCGCCUGCAGGCGAUGUGGGGCUUGAACGGCUCAAGCACUGGAAACGGAAGCUGGAAAAGAGGUGAACAGGCAACGACGGAGGCAGAAAGCACAGCCUGGCAGGAAACCUCGAUACCUCAUAGUGCCUAUGAAAGGGAAAAGGGACACUUCUGAACGAUGAACCUCCAUGUGAAUUGAACAUCACUCAUCCUAGGAAAACAAGUUGAGAUUCUCUGGUUUAAUGGUCAGUUCCUGCAGAAGUGCCCUUUGCCUUCACUCAGUAUCUUGAUUGUGAGCCUAGUGUUGCAACAGCAUUUAAGUGUGAGUUAUUUCUAUUUAUUUUGAAUCUGUGGGGUCUUGUCAUGUCAGUGUGGUUGUGAAUCACUUCUUUUGAAGAUAUGUAGCAAACUAAACUUUCUGCUUAUUGACUUAUAUGUGUCCAGUAAAAUUUAUAGUAUUUGUAAGGUGCUUUGUAUCACCUAUAAUUAUUGUCACAUAGGAAGCACAUAGAAUAAACCAUUGGUUGGUAUAGGAUAUUACCUUAUUUAACUCACUGAUGCUUUGGAUGACUUAAAUAAUCUUGUUCUCAUACCUCAAGUGUCUCAAUAAUCUUAUUAUCAGACUUCAAGGUACGCUAUAUUACUAUGGUAGCUGUUACACUUAAACAUCAGCUUUACUGAUAGGAAUGUGGUAUCUUACAUGCAUCAUUUCAUUUAAUCCCUGUAACAACUGUGUGUGGAAAACUCAAUUUAAAAAUAUAUAUAUAUCUU